GUCAUGGAAUUAUCCGUAUAUGGCCUGCUUCAUCUUGCAUUGAAUGCAUUGCAUUGUCCAGACGUACUAGUUGUAUCAGUUUUCUCAUGUAAAGCUUGUACACUACCUAACCUUUGUAUUAUUAUAUUAAAGUGUUACAGAUGUAAACACAAUUCGGCUGUUGAGAAGCUAAGGGAAAGGCUUGCAAAUGGCCCAGACUUGUCAGACUUUAUACAAGAAAAGGAGAAAAAUGAUAAAGAAGUUGACUGGAGUACAUACAAUGGACGAUUGAAACGUAACCAAGGAGACAGUACCAGAUUGAGAUUGCCCUGGCUGAAAACCGAAAUUCCACAAGGCAAAAAUUUCUCUCGAAUCAAGGAGCAGUUGAGAGACUUGAAUCUGCACACAGUAUGCGAAGAGGCCCGCUGCCCGAAUAUUGGUGAAUGCUGGGGAGGAGGCCAACAUGGAACAGCAACUGCUACCAUUAUGCUGCUGGGCGAUACAUGCACACGAGGCUGCCGCUUCUGUUCGAUCAAAACGUCGCGCGCACCACCGCCACCCGAUCGCGACGAACCGACAAAGACUGCGGCAGCGAUCGUGUCGUGGGGCCUCGACUAUGUCGUGCUCACAUCCGUCGACCGUGACGACUUACCUGACGGAGGCGCGAGACAUUUCGCCGACACCGUGCAAGAGAUUAAGCGUCGCAACGCGCGCAUCCUGGUUGAGUGUCUGGUGCCUGACUUUGGCGGCAACGUCGACUGUGUGAAGACAAUCGUCGACUCCAAGCUGGAUGUGUAUGCGCACAACGUGGAAACGGUGGAGGCGCUCACUCCGUUUGUCAGGGAUCAUCGUGCCAAGUAUUGGCAAACAAUGAAAGUGUUGAAAGCAGCCAAAGAGUACAACCCAGACCUCAUUACCAAGUCAUCAAUCAUGUUGGGUUUGGGAGAAACAGAUGAGGAAGUCCAUCAAACUAUGAAAGGUAAA